ACCUCGUGAGCGCGCAAGAGCAGCAAUGGCCGCUGUGGAUCGGCGAAAUCCUAAUCUCGACGACUUUGUGGGAUUAAACUGGAGUUGUUGGGUAGAUAGGGUGAAUAUUGUACCAUCUGACGCUGGGUCCAGUGUUGAAGACAGCAGCAAGUAUGGGAGUACCCACUCCGAGACCAUGACCCUCGGCAAAGAAGAUAUGCACACAUUUGGCCACUGCCCGGCACACGAUGAGAUCUAUCUGGUGGUGUGCAGCCACUGUGGCCAGGUGGUGAAGCCUCAAGCCUUCGAGAAGCACUGUGAGCGGCGGCAUGGUCCUCUCACUAAGAUGUGUGAAACAUCCUCAACUUUGGCUCCACAGCAGCGACCACGCCCUGCUCGCUCUCCUUCAAAUCAUUCCUCCUCUAAAGAGAAGCAGAAAGCUGGCAGAUGUCAUGAGGCCAGUGCUUCUUCCUCAGCAGCAUCACCAGUACACCAGCACAGGCCUGGCAAGGCCCAGAGGGAGGCAGUGAGUUUUCCUUCAGUGGAGAAGUUCCCUCAAGAGAACACUCCCCUCCCAUACCACUCCUCCUCCUCCAUGCCUCGCCCUAAGGUCCCUCCGUGGCACUCAGGACCCCUGCCCCCCGGCCACUGCUCCUCCUCCACUUCUCCGUCAGGGAAACUCUCAGUGCAGAAGCCCACAGCCGGGCAGUCCAGUGAGUCUCACAGUCCUCUGAGGGGCACAAGAACUUACAGCCGGAUUCACAAAAACAAUAAGAAAGAAUGUGAACUGAACAAACAGUGCGGAGUUCUGGAUCCAGAGAGGAAGAGGCCGUGCAGCCGGGAGCUUAUAUGCAAUACUGAUUCCAUCCACCAGCAGGAGCAGAAAUCACUAGGAAGGACUAAGACUGUUGAUCAAUUGGCAGAGGAGCAGAAAACAGGCUCCGCAGGUCAAGAGAUGGAGCAGCUUCUUGUCAAAUCAAAAGACAAAGCACAACAUCUGGAAGCUUUUGAAGACAAAAUAACAACUCAGGGCAGUAAACACAACUUCAACAGCAACUGUCACAUUCUCAGCGGGCAAUCAGAAAACGUCCCAGAGGAGGAAGGCAACAAAACUGUGGAAGUGGAGGCACAACCUCAACAACCCUUCGACCAGAGCCUGCUGUCAGGAGAUGAGAGUGAAGACGAUGAGCAGGAGGAAGCCAUAGACCUGCCUGCAACACCCUGGCACCCUAAACCUCUCGGGCUAUGCACUUUUGGAUGCCGCACAUCAGGAUGCAGCAUCUUCACCUUCGACCGACGUUUGCACCACCUGCGGUUUGCCCUCAGCGCCAUGUUGGAGCACCAUGUCAGCACACACUUGUGGAAGAAAAUGCCUCAAGCAUCACCAGGUCUCAGGUCACGUCAUGUCACACCUUCAACUGUAGGAUCACCUGUCAGAACUGGGACCAGACCCUCCAAAUCCACUGGCUCCCUCAGCCUUCAGUCUACCUCACUGGGACAACUGGAACCCAAAACCAGUCAGCACAGAUCUCACAGUAUCAAACCACCUUCCUCCAGCACACCUGUGAAACAGCGCAACCCUGUUGGGCGAGCCAGCAAGGCUCAGCUGAGGGAGGAUGAGCUUAUACAAGAUGCAAGCACUCCACAGAAAGUUGCCAAGCUGUUACACAGCGUUGAGGACCAAUCCCCUAAAUACAUCAGGGAUCCCCCCCUCAAUGAGAAGGGUCAGCCACACGUCCCCUCUUCUCAAGGACCAAUAAAUGGUAGUUUCUCACACCGCUCCCCCCGCAACAGAGGGAAGCCCCCAGGGAUUCAGCAGAAGGUGGCGAGCUACCACCACAGGGGUUUUCCCCAAAAGCGCAAAGGAAGCAAUGAGUCACUCCCCCUCAGCGCCAGAUCCUCCAAGUAUCAAGGCUUGUCGUCCCCUUCCCGCUCCAGCCUCCUCGCCUGGAAUGGAGAGAAUAUGGGGGACGCGCGGGCUUUGGGCCUGGAGAAAAGAUCCAACUCCUAAAGCGUGACAGGUGUUUACCUCUUAUCUUCACAGCCAUUAAAGAGGCCAGUUUUAAAAAGACGACUUGGAGGGAAGGCCUCCUGCAGGCUGCAGCUGCUGCCUGAAUGUGUGUGUAUCUGUGUGUAUGUUUUAUGUCUUCACAUUUUUAUGUACAGACAUCAGGAAUUAAAUUUUUGUCUGCAUGUUUACCAAAUGUGUGUGUUUUUGCAAAAUGUCUAUUUUUCUACGUGACUAAGUGUCUCAGUUUGUUACCUGUGUAAGAAUGUGAAAAUACCUCAGUCUACUCAUCAUGCUGCUAAAAUGAAGUCAUUCAAUGGCAAAACAAUAAAAACUCUUGAAUCCUUACA